AUGAAAAUGCGUAUUUGUGGUGCUCAAACACGAUCACGAUGUGGUGCUCAAACACGAUCACAAAGUGGUGCUCAAACACGAUCACAACGUGAUGCUCAAACACGACCAAAACGUGGUGCUCAAACACGAUCACAAAGUGGUGCUCAAACACGAUCACAACGUGGUGCUCAAACAGGAUCACAACGUGGUGAUCAAACACAAUCACAAAGUGGUGCUCAAACACGAUCACAAAGUGGUGCUCAAACACGAUCACAACGUGGUGUCCAAACACGAUCACAAAGUGGUGCUCAAACACGAUCACAAGGUGGUGCUCAAACACGAUCUCAAAGUGGUGCUCAAACACGAUCACAAAGUGGUGCUCAAACACGAUCACAACGUGGUGCUCAAACACGAUCACAACGUGGUGUCCAAACACGAUCACAAGGUGGUGCUCAAACACGAUCACAAAGUGGUGCUCAAACACGAUCACAAAGUGGUGCUCAAACACGAUCACAACGUGGUGCUCAAACACAAUUAAAACGUGGUGCUCAAACACGAUCACAACGUGGUGUCCAAACACAAUCACAAGGUGGUGCUCAAACACGAUCACAACGUGGUGCUCAAACACGAUCACAAAGUGGUGCUCAAACACGAUCACAAAGUGGUGCUCAAACAUAA